AUGUCUCACAGGGCAUAUGAUGCGCUGUGGGACGAGGCGGAUCACGAGAUUCGUGACCUGCUGGAAGUGGAAGUGUCCACUGAGCCCUACCUUCAGCCGGAGAAAGGAGACCCAGACUCCAAGUUCAACCACUUGGCCUGCCUCUACAUCAAAUACGUGCAAAUCUUCAAGAAACUCUCCGUCGCAUAUGACCAACUCGUGCAUCCCCAGAAGCGACGUGUUCUGAAGCUGCUUGUUGAUGGUGUGACGGGCCGUGUGCUGGAGCUGAAACAUGCGCUUGUGGAGCACGAGGCGUCAAACUACCAGUUCUUCGACGCCAUCCUCGCCGAUCUCAAACUCACCCCAGAGGACAUUCGAAUCCAGGUGCCUGCGUACUUUCGCCGCGACAACGAACGCGCCAUCAAGGAGCGGGAGAAGGUGCUGCCAUACACACACACACACAUGCUUGAGAGAAACGCCGAACAUUUGGCAAAGACGCAUGAACACUCAAUUGCGCUUGUUCAACGACACGAGCGGGCGAGACAAGGACGUGUGCGCGCAAAGCUCAUGCAGGGCCUGCGCGACAAGGAGCGACGCGAGCGGCUGUCUGCGAAACAGGGGCAGCGCAAACGCCUCACGCCCGACGACGCUGCUGUUGUCAUCCAGCGCAACAUCCGCCGCGUGCUUGCAGGCAAGAAAGUGGACGAGCUGCGAGCUGCGGAGAUGGCGCUCAUUGGUAUGGUGCCGGACAGGACACGGGAUCGAAGGAGGAAAAACGAUCCAAUUGCAAUGGCCAAGAAGGUAGCAGAGGACAGGCAUGUCACGCAGGCACAGUACGAAGCACAGUACCAGGCUGCGCUCGUGAACACGAAGAAGAAGAUUGCGGAGGUUGAGGGCCCCGAUAUGAAGGAGGCCAUGUCCGACAAGAUUCGCGAGUGGUUCCUCGCAUGCAGAGAACAGACGGGCAAGUUUCCCGAGUUUCCGGCGACGGACGCGGGCGGAUCAAAACUGAUCUUCAAUCCACCGCCGCCGAAGGAUGAGAGCGAGGACGAUGAGGGCGGCAAGAAGAGCGCAAAGGGGAAGAAGGGGAAGAAAGGCAAAAAGUCUGCUGGAGACAAGAAGAAGAAGGCGAAGAAAGACGACAAGAAGAAGAAGAAGAAGAAAGGCGACGACGAAGAGGAGGAGGACAAAGGCCCAAAGGAGUCUGUGUAUCGUCCGAUGCUGCAGCAGGGCUCAACGCAAUUCCGCGACGUGUGGGCGAAGAAUGCGGCUGACAAGCACAACAUCCACCAGAAGCACGACCUGGACAUGAUCAAGGAGCUCAAGCGGCAAGAGGUUGAGGAAGAGUUGCGGCUGCAAGUGGACGAGUUGAUGCGGGAGGAACUGAAGAACUUGAAGGCGGCGGUGGAGGGAAGCAAGGGCAAGAAGGGCAAGAAGGGCAAGAAAGGGAAGAAAGGCAAAAAGGGGAAGAAGGGGAAGAAAGGAAAGAAAGGAAAGGUGCGUGUCACUCAAUGUGGCAAGAAGGGAAAGAAAGGCAAGAAAGACAAGGACCUGACGGCUGGCGUGCCGCCGGAGACGCUGUUUGAGGAGCUCGUAAAGGAAGGAAUCAUCCAGCGCGUGCCGCCCGUUACCCUCGACGACCUCAUUGGCACAUACAGCUUCCUCGGCACGUCCAAGCUGAGCAUGAAGCACGACCCGCCACCGUCGCUCGAAGACGUUCGCCGCGUCGUCACACAGUUUUGCAUUCUGCCGCUCGGCUCCCAAUCUGUGCAUGAAACGCAGCCGGCGCACGUGAAGAGCGUGUGUCUCUUUGGUCCACACGGCGGUGGCAAGAAGACCCUUGUUCGCGCAUGCGCACACGAACUUGGCGCAACAUUCUUUGAUUUGACCCCCGCAAAUACGGCUGGCAAGUACACGGCGAAGAAAGGCGUCAAUGGCGUUGAAGGCAUGAUCCACAAGACGUUCAAACUCGCCAAGUUGUACCAGCCCGCCAUCAUCUACAUUGGCGACGCAGCACAGAUCUUCCUCAAGAAGAAGCCAAAGGGCGACACGACUGAUUGCACGCGCAUGAAGAAGGAACUGCCAAAGGCCAUGAAGUUGCUCAAGCCCGGCGACCGUGUUGUCAUCAUGGGUGUGGACGCCGCCCCAUUCGACACAGAUGUCAAGGGCCUCACCAGCGUCUUUCAGCGGCUGCUCUACAUCCCGCGCCCCGACUACGGCUCCAGGCUGGCGCUGUGGGCAAAGGAGUUUGACAAGCACAAGGUUGCCAUGCAGUCUGAAAUUGACCUGAGCGUGCUGGCCAAGAUCUCGGACGGGUACACUGCGCAGGACAUUGCACACGCCGUGGCGAAGGUGAUGACGCCCAUGCGGAAGAAGCAGCAGGUGUUCAAGCCCGUGCGCAAUGCAGAAUUUGUGCCCGCGCUGGCAGAGCGCGAGCCCGUCUUCUUUGAAGAAGAGAAGGAGUAUCUCGAAUGGUAUUACAAGACACCCAUGGGCAAGAAGCGGGUGACUGUGUUGAAGGGCGGCAGCGCACUCGAGGAUGAUGGAUCGAAGAAGAAGAAGAAGAAAGGAAAGAAGAAGAAGAAGAAAUAA